GCGCCGCUGGUGUCAUGCGGAAGAUGGCGGCGUCCAGGGGAGGCUGAGGGCUCUGGGGAGUGGUGAGAGGUUUCCGUACAGCCAAAGCGUGCGGCUUGGGGAUCCCUUCACUCUGGUUCCUGCUCUCAGGUUUCGCGCGGGUAGUCCUCCCAGGGUCUCGGGCGCGAUGUGGAGGAGCUGCCUCCGGCUGCGGGACGCGGGGCGCCGCCUCCUGAACCAGCCUCGGGGUGCCCUCACCGCUUCCGUGGGGCCGGUGCCAACCCCCCUGUCCCCUGCCCGGGCCUACGUCCCCCCAACAGAAAGGAAGAGGUUUUAUCAGAAUGUCAGCAUCACACAGGGUGAAGGUGGCUUUGAGAUAAACCUGGACCACAGGAAGCUGAGAACUCCCCAAGCCAAGCUCUUUACCGUCCCCAGCGAGGCCCUGGCCAUCGCAGUGGCCACUGAAUGGGACUCCCAGCAGGACACCAUCAAGUUCUACACCAUGCACCUGACCACAUUGUGCAACACGUCUUUAGACAACCCUACCCAGCGAACCAAGGACCAGCUGAUCCAGGCGGCUGUGAAGUUUCUGGACACCGACACCAUCUGCUACAGGGUGGAAGAGCCAGCGACAUUAGUGGAACUUCAGAGGAACGAGUGGGACCCGAUCAUAGAAUGGGCCGAAAAAAGAUACGACGUGGAGAUCAGCUCCUCCACCAGCAUAAUGGGGCCCAGCAUCCCAGCCAGGACUCGGGAUGUGCUCGCCAGCCACCUGGCUUCGUACAACAUGUGGGCCCUGCAAGGGAUUGAGUUUGUGGUGACCCAGCUCAAGUCCAUGGUGUUGACCUUGGGCCUGACGGACCGGCACCUGACAGUGGAGCAGGCCGUGCUGCUGUCACGCCUGGAGGAGGAGUACCAGAUCCAGAAGUGGGGCAACAUCGAGUGGGCCCACGACUACGAGCUGCAGGAGCUGCGGGCGCGCACGGCUGCCGGCACCCUCUUCGUCCACCUCUGUUCCGAGAGCGCCACGGUGAAACACAAGCUCCUGCAGCAGUGAGGCGGGGCGAGCAGACCCAGCGGGACAGAGGCUGCGCGCACGGCCACAGACCCCUGGCCCGCGGGGCUCCCGGGCUUGGCGUCGCCCUGAGAUGCCCCCAGGACCCGGAGCGGCUGUUGCGGUCAGCUCGAGUCCAAGCGGGGUGCCCCUGCCCCAGCCAGCGUUGAGCGAGCCGCACAAGCAAACCAGUGACUUUCUCUCCACCUGAUUGUAUUAAAUAUUUCUCUGCCCUGGAAA